GUAGUUGAUGGUGUAUUCUUGGCGGGUAGAUGAGAAUGUCAACAUUGGAAGGGGAAAAAUGGAGGAUGUUGCUAACUGUCGGUCGAACGAGAACAGUUCAAGAGACUCUGGUCAAACAAGUGAAAAUAUAAGUUCAGUCGUGUCAGUACAGACCGGUGUCGCCGAAAAUGUCCCGGUUAAAUGUGAGCCGCGCCGGAGCAGACUGAAGGUCUUCAAUAAAGUUAUGGAGAAAAGCCUCCAGCGGCUUAUAGCAGAUGCGAGUUUCAACAGGUUUGCCCACUCGUUCCAUCCGCUGUGUAAGCAGAAUCCGCAGAUGGCAGAGGUCAUCCACAAGCAGUUCAUAAGCGAUCUGCAGAAAGCUAUCCAGGAGGACAUAAACAAAGUGAUAGAGGAAGGGGACCUACAGGUGAAACUGGAGGAGUUGGACAGACUAGAAGAGCAGGCUAAAGACACCCCAGGGCCUGCAUGGCGACCCAGUGGCGUUCCUGAGCAGGAUGUGUGCAGUGUGUUGAUUCCCUAUCACCGGGGGCAGGAGGAGUAUGUGCGCAGAGAGCUGAGGAAGCUACAGAAGGAGAAUGCGGCUCUGGCUCAGAGAGUACAGUCUGGCCGAGACACUAUCACACACACGGAACAGCGCAUAUCAGCAGCUGUGGAUGAGUGGAAGGCAUCUGUUGCUGAUUUGGAAUCGUUUGUCUCAUCACUUUGUCCAUCUGAAAAUUUUGAGUCUCUCUGAGCUCCUGUGGACCAAAUCAACGUUCAAACUCUAUUUUAGUUAUUUUAAAGAUAAUUUGUAUUGUUUUAUUCUGCAAAAAUUUUCCAUUAAAUCUGUUUCUUGUUGUA